AUGAUACCAUCUUUAAAGACUAUAUUGUUUGAUGAUUCAUUCAAUCAAUCAAUACCAAUUGGUUGCCUACCACAAAGCAUACAUACUCUGAAGUUUGGUUAUAAAUUCAACAAGUCAAUCUUACCAGGAUCAUUGCCAGAAUCGUUGGUCGAACUGACCUUUGGCCACGACUUCAACAGGACACUUCAAUGGAAGCCAUCAGCCAUUACAUCAUCAUCAUCAUCAACAUCAUCAUCAUUGGUCAAGGACAUUCCAACACCAUCACUACCACAAUCAAUCACCAGAUUGACCUUUGGUGAGUCGUUCAACAAUACGGUCGCAGCAUAUGAUGGUACUUUGCUCCCGAGAUCAUUAACAGAGUUGAACUUUGGCAACGACUUUGAUCAGCCACUGCCAGCCAACUCAUUGCCAUUGUCGCUAGAGGUACUCAGAUUCUCAAAUUGGUACAAUCAACAGUGCAUGGCGGCAGUGUCACAACUUCAAUCACUCAAACAACUUCAGUUCUCAACACCAGCGAUAUUGACAACGAGUCAAUCACGCCCUCUACCAAAAUGGGAUCCAUCACACACAUUCCCAUCAUCACUCACAUACUUGGCAAUCUCUGUAACUGAGCUGGGUAAAGACCUGAUACUGCCGCCUUUCAUUCAAACAUUAAUCUUGUCAGGACUCAAGUCAGACAUUGUCCCUGGAAUCAUUCCACCAUCACUCACAUCACUGACUCUUCUCGAGUUCAACAAUUUUAUCGAGCCACACUCGUUGCCCAAUGACCUCAAGCACUUGGACCUUGAUCCUCGUUACAAUAGAUUGUUGGCAAGUGGAUCACUGCCACAAUCAAUCACCAAACUAUCAAUUGGAAUUGAUUUUAUACCAAGGAACGACAUUUUACCAACAUCACUCAUUGAGCUCUCUUUCCUUCCUCUAUCUCCAGGGCUGCCACAAAGAACAUUGUGGACAUUCAAUGAACCGAUCGACCAUUAUUUCUUGCCACCCAAGCUCAUGUCACUCACAUUUGGCCCAUCAUUCAAUCGGCCAAUCGCACCCGGUACUCUCCCCGAGUCACUUACUUCAAUCUCGUUUGGCUUUCAAUUCCAUCAGCCAAUCGAACCUGGAACUUUUCCAAACUCCAUCAAGUCCAUAAGGUUUGGUGAGAUGUUCAACAAAGUCCUGGACAUUGGAGUGUUUCCGGAUUCACUGGAAAGUCUAUUCUUUGGACUCUACUUUAAUCAACCGAUUGUCCCUGGUGUACUACCUCGAGGUCUCACAACAUUGCACUUUUGCUACUAUUUCGAACAAUAUCUUUCUCCCGAUACCCUUCCACCUUCGCUCACCUCGUUGGAAAUUGGCAUGAAAGAGGUCCAUGCUGAGCUACUCCCCAAGUCAAUCACAAGACUGGGCAUCGAGAGGAUGUUCAUCCACAAAUCACCAGAGGACCUCCCCAAUCUCAAAUAUCUCAGAUUGCCAUCAAUCAAUUCUCUCGACUCGAUUGGUGACAAAGUACAUGUUGGCGUGGUGGACUUUAACGACCCUUUAACAUUGAAGAUCUUAUCCUGCUUUAAGAUAUCAAUAACCAGACGACUACCAUCUGUCCAUGUUAAGAUUGAUUGUCAAGAGCUCACCAAUGACCUCAUCAAGAUAGUGGCCAACUCAUUCCCCAAUGUACGAGACAUCCACAUUGUCUAUAAUCUAAAGAUAGACAAAGUACUACUUCGAAGGAUUGACAAGAGAAUCUGCAUUAUGAUGAGGGAACAAACUAGAGAUAAACUCAUCAGAAUAAUAGAGUUGGUCUAA